UCUUCAGCACCUGGACAGCUCCGCGAGCCCCUUCAAACCUCCGGGGGGUUUUUUUUUUUUUUUUGGCAAAAGUGCGACCGAAACAACGUGCAGCCUCUUCGAAAAGUGCCCUACUAUGAUACAUCGUUAAGCAACUCAACUUUGUCGCCGGGAAAUCCUCGUUGGCACACUGAUGGGUGAAUUACCGUCGACUGCGGCAAACUGUUCCCCACAGGAGUCCGCGGUGCAGGGAUGGGAGGAGAACGAGGGUCCUCGUGGAUUUAGCAGCGUAUCAACACCGCACUUAUUUUCAUCUGAUAACGGACUGCUAAAUAAACUGCCGUUUUUUUUUUCUUCUCUCCAAUGCAGCAUGUUUAGAUGUAAAUAACUGCCUGCGUAUUGGUGGAAAUGAGUGAAAUAUUUAUGGAUUGAUCUACGAAUCACACAUUGCAGCAUACAGGAUGUCAGGAAACGUGUCUCUUCUGUCAGUGAGUCCCACGAGCACUUGGGAAAACUCCUCUGUGCUGAACGUCACCCCUUCUCUCUUUCCUACCGACUGGGAGACGCCCACAUUCACGGUGGCCGCCCGCUUCCGUGUGGCGGCCACCCUGGUUCUAUUCAUCUUCGCAGCCGUCAGUAACCUCUCGGUGCUGAUCAGCGUGACCAGGGGACGAGGACGCCACCUGGCCUCCCACCUGCGGCCUCUCAUCGCCAGCCUGGCCUCCGCUGACCUGGUCAUGACUUUCGUGGUGAUGCCACUCGACGCUAUAUGGAAUAUCACAGUGCAGUGGUACGCCGGUGAUGCCAUGUGCAAGAUCCUCUGCUUCCUCAAGCUUUUUGCCAUGCAUUCGGCAGCGUUUAUCCUGGUGGUGGUGAGUCUGGACAGGCACCAUGCGAUCCUGCACCCGCUGGAAGCUCUGGACGCUGGCCGCAGGAACAGAAGGAUGCUGCUGGCUGCCUGGAUCCUCAGCAUCCUGCUCGCCUCUCCGCAGUUAUUUAUUUUCAGGGCAAUUAAGGCUGAAGGAGUUGACUUUGUGCAGUGUGUAACUCAUGGUAGCUUCCAGCAGCGCUGGCAGGAGACAGCCUACAACAUGUUCCACUUUGUCACCCUGUAUGUGUUCCCUCUGCUGGUAAUGAGCUUCUGCUAUACGAGAAUCCUUGUGGAAAUCAACCGCCAGAUGCCUCGUGGUAAAGGAAAGGGUGGGGAACCUUGUCUGAGACGCAGUGGAACUGACAUAAUCCCAAAAGCACGCAUGAAGACCUUGAAGAUGACCAUCAUCAUUGUGGCGUCUUUUGUGGUGUGCUGGACACCGUACUACCUGCUCGGCAUCUGGUACUGGUUUCAGCCUCGUAUGCUGCAGGUGAUGCCAGAAUACAUCCAUCAUGCUCUCUUUGUCUUCGGCAACCUCAACACGUGCUGCGAUCCGGUCAUCUAUGGUUUCUACACACCCUCGUUCAGAGCGGACAUAACCAGCUGCUUCAGCAGAAGAAAUCAAAACUCUUCUCCCAAAUCUUUGGACCGGCUCUCCGCAAGGCGAGGGGGUGCAAGCGGAGAAGCCGAGUCGGAUCUGGGAAGUGGUGACCAGAACAGCGGACAACAAGCAUAGAGGAUCACGACACCUCAUCGAGCUAGAUUUAUCCCUGUGAACAUGAAAUACAGGACGUUUACUCUGUAUCCAGGCAUCUGCAUGUAUAUGCUGCUGAUGGUGUCCUUAUAUUAUAAGCAAGUUGCUUAAAUGCACUUGAAUAUGGAAAAGCAACAGCAUCACAUUGUGGUUUCAAGCUUGGAUAUCUUCUAGAAAGACGUAACUACAGGUAAAUCUGAAUGUAAAGGACCAAAUGACAGCACAAUGCCUUUGGCAAUACUUUGAAAUUGAGAUAUAUUUGCCAUUCUGGAACAGGGUUAUAAAUAUACAGUGCCUCGUGUACGUGUCUGGAAUCAGUUAAUGAGGAUCUCUAAUUAAUUAAAUCUCAGAGUUCAGAGUGACAACCCCAGCUAAAAGGUUGCUUAUCUGUCAUUUCCUCUCUACGUCCUGAUUAGGAAUAUCACUUAAUGUUUUACAAUGGCCUUAGCUCAUGAAUCAUUCAUUUCUAUAAAAAUGCUGUCAUGAAUGUUCAGGCUUACACUGUUUAUCUGUGGAAGCACCGUAAAUGUUCUUCAUGGAAUUCAUCCGGUUGUGUUUGCAGUGUAUUGUGGUGAGGAUGAUGAAGAUGAUGAUGACGAUGAUAUGCAUGAUGUGCCAUCGUUGUGAUGAAAAAUUAAUGUGGAUGGACCAUACAGCCUUAAAGGGAUAGUUCACGUAAAACUAAAAAUGUUAGCUACGCGUCCAUAUUGUUGCAUUUGUAUGCUGUUAUUCUUUCUGAGGAAAAUAAAGAGAGAAUUUUAAA